AUGAAAAUUUUAAAAUAUGGUAAUUCUUUUAAAUAUCCUUUGCUCACAUAUUUUUGAAUGAGCAAAAGUAAGUAUAUAAAUUUGUGAUGAAACUCUAUUCUUACUCGGGGCAAAGUUGCACUCAGAUGAAUACAUGUAUGAGACAGAGACAAUUUUUGUGAAAAUGGUCACUGACGUUUAGACCCACACUCCCUUUGAUCCACUCCCUUUAUUUUAUUGUGAUUAACAUAUUUCCUGUAAAUUCGUGAAUUGUAUGUCUGGUCUGCUAUAUCCACUUUUUCUUUUCAAAUGCCGUCUUGCACUUUUAUUAACUCUUUAGUUGUACAGUUUAGUUACACGGGUUAACACCACUUAAUGCCCAUGCAAUGUGAGUUCAAAGGUCAGGUGCCUGUGUGUAUAAACUGGUUAUACCUAGUUCAAAGUUGUGGAAAAAGAGACAGACAGACAUAUCAAACGAUCGUCAAUGUCAACAAAUAAAGUUAUUUCUGUCUCCAUGGCCUGUGCAGAUAAAUCACCCUGCCAUUCGCUCGUGAGUGAAAGUUAUGAAAACCCUGUUGUGUACAUCUAAUGAUUCCUCUAGUACGAAUUAUCAGAGACUUUUAUCAUACAAAUACCUUCACGUAAACGUAUACACAAUCUUUGUUGAUUAAACAAUAAAAUGCUUUCUUGGUUGUUUCAUCGGGUGAUGAAGGUAGCUAGCAUUGCCGAAAAAAUGCAUAUAUACCCCGCGUAAGCAGUUAGGCAAAUUUUUCUGCAAUGAUUGUUGCCUUCAUCACCCAAUGAAACAACAAAGAAAGACAUUUUAUUGUUUAUAUUCACAUUUUUAUGCAUUAUUUAAAAAUAUAAACUAGAAUUAAGAUCUAAUAUGUAUCAUAUGGUUGACCCAUUUAAUUGUUACGUUAAUUGGAACAGCCAAUGCACUCUUUGACCUUGAUGACACUCCAUAUUUAAUAAUGAUUUUGGCAGACAGGUGGUACUAGAAAACCGGAUCGAACUAGUUUGCAACAAACAUGUCUUUAUUGCAUGAUGAAAACAAUGUCAAUUUCGAAAGAUUCAGUGAAUGAGCCGUGCUACAUGUAUAUCUCUAUGACUAGCAACCUUGACCUUGUCAAUAGUUUUUGAAUAUUUUUGUGGACGAAAAAUAUUUUAACGAACAAUGGUCAUUAAUCUUUUUCCUGUUUCAAUGAUUAGUGGAUACCCAGCCAAACUUUGAGACAUUUAACAAUUCUUUGUGUUGAGUCGUAUUAUGUAAACAGGUUUCUUAAAGUAGGACAAAAGAUUCCCGUCAUUAGACUUAACCUUGACUUCCUUCAUUAGACCAUGACUUUGACCUCCCUUAUUAGAUUAUUACUUUGAUUAUCGCUGUUUAAAGAUCAAGUUACUGUUUUCUCUGUUUCAAGUAAGUUAGAAAAUCACUUGAUUACUGUUUUACGCCGCAAUGGAGAAUGUUUCAGUUGAUAAAGAGACGUCUCCAGUUGUAAAUGAACUACAUAAUUGUACAUUUUGACCUAUGGAGCUCGGUGCCGUGACAGCGAGGAUUCGUUAUCUAACGCCUACUUUGACACGUCCCCGUUUUUAAGUCAUGUCCGAAUGACCCGUGACUUUCACUUUUAACACCAGACGCUUUAAGAAGGAAAAGUCACUGUCUAUGGGAAACUUCGGUUCACACCCGAGUACGAACUCGGGCUACCCAAGCUCCAGUCGAACGGAGAGAGUAUCAACUCUUAUAUGACGUAUUUUGAUAUUUGCAUGAGGGUAUAGCGUGGUAGCACUACAUGGUAGGUCUAGCAAGGGUACCGCGCAUUUUUCAAACGAUGGAUGUGAUCGGUAAAAUUAGUAUUCUACACGGGAGUAAGAAAGAACACUGGAAUAUUUAUCUUACUACAAUUUAACUCGGGUGUGUACCGAAGUCGUCCCAUUGAUAUACAAUUUGGUGAUCGGGUGUUAACCGAUAUCUACAUAUAUAUUUUAUAUUUACAUCCUUCAGGCUUGUAAUUUUAUUUAUUGCAUUUCCCUGUAUGUGGGAGUCAGCAAGAUACAACAGCGGACGUUGUGAUAUCAGUGUGAUUUUUGUGACACAAAUGAGGAAACCACUCAUGUGGGAAUAUAAAUACAUUUAAAGGAAAACUGCCCAGAGCAAGUGUCAUUUUACUAAAAAAAAAAAAGAUUCUAGGGCCUAUAUGUACAAGGAAACGAUGUGCAUUAUAUACGUAUAGCCCGGAAGUAAUAUUGAACUGUACAAAGAGAGAUAAUUUGUCCUUCACAAGGAAGACGCGUUCUUUGUACAAGAGAUAAUUCUGGGUAGUAUAAAUGGUUUUUAAUUAGAAUUGAUAAAGUGGAUUUUAUCAUACAAAAGUAGAAACCAUAUCAAUAUGAUAGUCAUAUAGUUUCUACUUUUUUUGCCACAGUCUUGAUUGAUAACAUUGAUUUUAAGUAAAGAAAACUUGUUAAAGGAACUCAUUCAACACGCGUUUUGAAAUCUCUGAUCUAUACUGAAAACCACCGUUCCGCAUAAAUGAGAGAAAUUGAGAGAAAUUGUUUAUCGACAAUUACGCGCAUUUUGUCGACGUGUUGAGAUAUGUAUUAACCUUAUCCACUACCGGUCAAUAUAAUCAAUGGUCAGAGGCUACCUGUCACUAUAAUCAAUGGACAGAGAGUACCGGUCACUAUAAUCAAUGGACAGAGAGUACCGGUCACUAUAAUCAGUGAACAGAGAGUACCGGUCACUACAAUCAGUGGACAGAGAGUACCGGUCACUAUAAUCAGUGGACAGCGAGUACCGGUCAAUAUAAUCAAUGGACAGAGAGUACCGGUCAAUAUAAUCAAUGAACAGAGAGUACCAGUCACUAUAAUCAAUGGACAGUGAAGAUAUCAUCGUUGCUGCAUCUGUCAUCAGUGGUGUUGUCAUCGUCAUCGUCAUAACCGUCCUCAUUAUUCUGCUGCACGUCAGAAAGAAACAGAAGAUACACACGCAGGAGUUGUUACCCAGCAUUCCCGAGAAUGACAAAAACACCUCUACACAGACUUCCGAUGAGAAACCACGCCCCUUUAAUGAUGACAAGGAAUCGUGCAAAUCAAGUCGCAGUUCUAGCGAGGACUCCACGGCGAGUGCUUCGAAUUCUGAGGAUGAUCAAGUUGAAGUCUUCGUCAAUUCCGAUACACCCUUCAUUCGAGAAAAAGUUGGACUCUUGACAUCCCAGAAAAACAACAGCGCAGAAGUAAUAAAUAUAGACCCAAGUAUCGAGUCCACCACAAUACCCAAUCAACACAAUAACUCUAAUAACGAAAUCAAAACUAAAGUUGUCAAGAAAGUGACAAUAAAAAGUAACGUUGAAGGCAAUCACAGCGGGAAUCGACAGAAAGCGGAAGUGACAUCAUCAACGAUAAAUAAAAGAUAUCCUCGACCCUCAACUAGAAAAUCCAAAACAAGAUCAGGAGAAUUGAACAUGGAUUCAAAUGACGUCACAGUGAGAAAGAAACACAAGGACUCAGCUGUAUGCAAACCCGAACUUAAAAAGGCAUACAGUGUAAGUAAGUUAUACAAUACACAAUCUUCUGCAGACUCUAACGACACGGGUACCCGAAACAAGUAUUGCUUCGAGUUAAAAAAAUGUAAGUGUGAAUUUCUAAAACUUGUGGUAGACCAGCCUCGAACUCGUAAAAGACGGAAGGUAUCAAACCAACGCCGAAUGCUGGAGCGAGACAUUAAAGUGCUCUUGGAGGAUCCAUUUUUACGGAAACACUUGUCAGGAGGGUUGAUGGACUACCGGAUUGCCAUACCAAAACUGAGGUUUCCCCAUCCUUCCCGUCACAGAAGAAACCGAUCGAAGAGACGACCCAAGAGUGCACAGAGCAUGUCCAAAAUUUGAAUAGAUAAUAAUAAAAAAAAUAAAUAAAUAAAUAAAAAAUUUCUCCUACAUUUUAAAAUUUAGAAUUGAUAUGAUCGAGAUAUCAUUAUUCCCACAUAUCAUUUCAAGCAUGACUUUAGAGCAUAAAAAAUAAUCCAUCUGCAUAACAUGUACAUAAAAUUUGUCCUCGUGGCUUUGCUUUUACAUAUGUACAACUUCCUAGAUACUUGUGUGUGGUCAAGUUUAAAAGAUUUCCACAAUGAUUUUACAUUUUGUGUAAAAUAAAACUUCAAGUCAAAAAUCGAAUUUGAUCAACUGAUCACUUGAAUUUGCCCCAUCCUACCUCCCAUUUUCGUGAUUCAGACAAACUUGAAUCAGCACUACCUGCGGGUGAUUGUAUACCAAUCAUCAACUUGUUCUUGUGAAGAGGAUUUUCAAAUUAUCUCCCUUAUGAUCGUUAUAACGAUGUAGUUUGAAAAUACAACCCAUCAUUGGGUCAAAUGCUGUUUUACGCGUUUCAUUCAGGUUGUUAGACCGUUCUUGGCGGACUGAUUUUGACUUCGGAUAACUCCGUUUACCUGAUAAAGAUAUAGGGCUCACGGAGAAUGGGACCAGUCGACAGGGGACGCUUGCUCCUUCUAGGCACCUGAUCCCACCUCUGAUGUGACCAUGUUUCAAUUUCCUUUUAUAAUAAAUUUAUUCGAUAUUUAUCUUUUCUGACAGGUUUUUUUUUUGGAAGAAUUUACCCGUGGAUUUAACAAUUAUCAGCAAAUAGCGUUUUCAAUUUUCAUAUAUAUAUUUUUUUUAUCAGAACGUUUAUAUCUGAAUCUUUUAGGCAUGAUUUAUUCGAUAUUCAUAUCAUGCACCAAAUCACAGCGAAAUUUGGACUCCAGAAUCUCAUAUUAUUCCAGGGGAAAAUCAUACUUCAUAAGAAGUGUAUCAACGAGCCAUUAAAUAAAAUUUUGGUGUAAUGAGCUACCUUCAAUAGAAUCUUUUUUCUUUACUUUCUCCCCUGGGAAGUGGGAAGACCCUUCAUUUGAAGAAUUUGUAAUACCUUUUACAUGUACUGAUGGACAUUCAUUACUAAGUUGGUUGAAACUGGCCUAGUGGUUCUUGAGAAGUUGAAAAUGUGUAGUUUACAGACAGACAGACAGACAACAGGUUUUAUAGCUCAGGUGAGCCAAAAAUGAAAGAGAUCGUAGUGUCAACAAACAUUUUAUUCAACGACAUUUUUAAUGAAUGAAAACUCGUAUUUCAUUGAAAAGUACACUGCGUGUGUGGCUGAUCAACACAACUAACAAUAACUUAAAACUUUUGUAACAUUUAAAACAUCGAUAUAUUACUACACACGUGUAUGUACACAUAAUAUUAAGAUGCCUGCUCCUCUAAAACGCUUCUUAAAACAUAAAAUGGUCAUAUAUCUUGAUUUAAAUCACGAAAAAAGUGUAUAAUUUAAUUACCCAACUAUAAAAAAUCAUGAACAUCUUGAGUAUAGAAAAAUUAAAAUGCCACUGUCUUAUAAUAUAAACAACAGCAUCAAUUCUGCCUCACGGUGCAAGAAAUUCAUAUAAAUUAACAACUUCUCAAAUUCACUCAGGUACACUUUUCGUGAAUAUACAGAAAGUAUUAUUAUAAUUCUUUUUAUCUAAAUUUACAAUAAAAAAUAUACAUGUAUUUCAAAAUGUCCCUUUCUCAUGAUUUUCUAGAUGUGUCUGCAUUCUAGUCAGACACACAUGUAUAUAAACCAGAUAGCUGCAACUCCUACCAGGAAUAGUACCCACCGAGUGACGUAACGGCAGAACACAAUUUAAUAUGUAUAGGUGUUACAAACACACAUAAAUACAUAUAUGUAUGAGUGUUAUGAUUCUCUUUAUUGCUAUGUCAGUUGAAUUUAAACAUACAACACAAAAGAGAUUAUUGACCGAAGUAUUAAUUCUUUUGAAAAUAAGAUUUUGCAUAUAAAUUUGAAUAAUAUUGAUAAAAAUAAAGAUCUUUGACAAUCUAUUGCUAGCUAAAUAUUAUUCUUUGGAGAAAAAAAAAUUGUUGCAUAAAAAAAAUUAAAGAUGGCCAACUCAUACACCAUUAGGAGAUUUAAGGAGUAUAUUCUGUUGGUAUAUGAAAACACAGACUGAUAUGACAGGACCCAUACUAGGGUCCAUAAAGGAUCAUCACAUUGUAAAAUGUACACAACAAGUCAUAUAACCUCACUUAAAAAAUCAAUCAGUUCAUGAAGAAAACAAUUCAUCCUCAUUUAUUAUAAAUGAUAUGUUACACAUUUAUUGUACUACCCACUGUUCAGUAUAUCGUUACAGCUUGAAAUUCCCAAUUACACUCUGUACAAAUCAACAAUGGACAUUCUGUAGUCUUUUAUGAACUGAAAUCAUAUCGUAGCACACAGUAAAUACAGGUGCCUGUUUAAAUCCACAGUACUACCAAUCUGUUUAUAGAAAGGGGAAAAAAAACAAAACAAAAAUAAAGUUUUGUAGGAGAGUUUCUAAAUAAAAUAUAAAUAUGGGGAAAAAACAUGAAUACGAUUGCUCUCAAGAGAUAACAUGUGCUCUAGAUGAGGGGUUCUGAUGGUUUAGUGCUCCAGCACUGGAUCAGACAGGUGGACUGUUGACAUGGUGGUACUCUGGGUACACCUGUACUGCUGCAUACCCUACCGGGAGGAAGGACAGGAUUAUGCUGACCGCCGCCAAGAACAGGAAGAAGACGACGGUGGCCAAGCGGAGGUUUUUACUGGCCGUGCCCCACUCGGGUAUGUGCUCCCAGACCUUGGACACGAUUGUGUCACGUAGGCUUCUAUAAAACACAAAACCAUGAAAAUAGCAAACUUCUACAAAUAAAAUAUUACUCGUAGUUAGGUACACUGUUUUCUUGUUUGGGAUUUCCAAAUAUUUAUUUACAAAUACAACUUCAUGAUUAUAUCAUAAAAGUAUCUGCCAAAAAUCCCAAAAUGUUAAAUUAAAGCUAUCGGUACACAAAAUGUUAAAUUAAAGCUAUCGGUACACAAAAUGUUAAAUUAAAGCUAUCGGUACCCAAAAUGUUAAAUUAAAGCUAUCGGUACACAUUUAUACAAAAGAUCAUGAAGCCCAGAGACUACCAUGCUGACUAGUCAUCUUCCUCUGAACUCUCAUUCAUUAUUUCAUAUACAUGUUCACCAAACCCAUCGUCAGAUAUCCAUGGCUGAUCUCGUCUUCUAGACUUCUCGUCUUCUAGACAAGAUUAGGCGUGGGUAUCCGACGAUGCACCGACCCAAACCCCUUAAAAAUUGAAAUAAGAUUCAGUUAAUUAUUUACAGAGGUAUACCCCUCAGCAAUAU